CGCCAUCAAUCCGCGCGAUGUUUAGACUCUACUGAUGUCGUGGCGCUCCGGGGAAGAAGUUGGGAGUUUCGCCCGGGCCCUGGUACUGAAGACGCGGUCCGGGUGACCCCAGGUCCCUUCCAACGCACACGUCCAACCGCCUUUCUCCCCACUCUUCUGGCAGAAUGAGGCGUGCAGGCCUGGGUGAGGGCAUACCUCCUGGCAACUAUGGGAACUAUGGCCACGCUAAUGCUGGGUAUAGUGCCUGUGAAGAAGAAAAUGAACGACUCACUGAAAGUCUGAGGAACAAAGUAACCGCUAUAAAAUCUCUUUCCAUUGAAAUAGGCCAUGAAGUUAAACAUCAAAAUAAAUUAUUAGCUGAAAUGGAUACACAAUUUGAUUCUACGACUGGAUUUCUAGGUAAAACAAUGGAAAAACUGAAGAUUUUAUCCAGAGGGAGCCAAACAAAGCUGCUGUGCUAUAUGAUGCUGUUUUCAUUGUUUGUCUUUUUUGUCAUUUAUUGGAUUAUUAAACUGAGGUGAUGCAAGUUACUGUGAGUUUGGAGUGCCACUUCAGUAAAAAACCAGCAUCAAAACAUUCCUAAUGUUCAAAUUCUAUGACUUUUGCCAUUGAAUAUUACUGAAUUUUACUUGUUUUAUAAAUCACAGUAGGUAAUACAGUGAUCUUUGAAUACUGUUUCUUAAUGAUUCAUUUUGCCCCUAUUUUCAGGGGUAUUGAGAAGGCCUGAAGUCACUCUGGCCCCAACAAUUUGUUUCUGUUGUUUGCUGUCAGAUUAAGUAGCAGUAUAGUAUUUGGUUGUGGCCGUCAAUGUAGGUUUAUAGAGAACAGAGAAUGCCUGGAGAGCCAGGUGCUGAGCUCCUGAGGUAGUGAACAGGUCUGUGAUGGAGCGAGCGGUAAAUGCAUUUUCCUUAUCUGUAACCAACCCUGGUGAUGUACUCUCAUUUCCUCCUGUAUUUGUUUAAAAUUAUAGACUGACUUCUUUUUACCUAUAAUUUUCCUAGUAUUUUUUGAUGAUAUGACUCCCCUUACCCACUCUGUCCAAGGACCUCAUUCUUUAAUAAAGCUUAUUGUUUUGGCAUAUUUCUGGUAAGGCUGCAAACAGAUGUGAACCAAUAUAGUUGUUUAAUAUCAAUUCUCUGUAUACUGUUGACUUAUAACAGUUUUUUUAUUUUAGCCACUUACAUAGGCCUUUUGGUUAUGAUUUGUGACAGAAUAAUGUGAAGCUAAAGUAAUUGCUAAGCUCUAAAUGGAAAUAAAAUGUUCAAGAAAAUUAA